AUGAAAAAAAAAGAGAAAAUAUCGGAAAUGAACUUAAAUAUUUCAAAUGUUGAAUAUGAAUUGAGUAACUAUGCAGAAUUACUUAAAAAAGCGAUUGUACCGGGAAAAGGCCAAAGCUUUAAAAUUCAAGCAUCAGUAAAAAACGCAAAUGCUUUUGCCAAAAGGCGAUCGCAAAAACUUUUGAGAUCGGCCCCAUCUUCCAAUCUAGUUGGUCUAAAAGUACUAAUUAAAAAACUUUAUUCGGAUCGAGUCGAACUCAUUAAACAGUGCUCUGUAAAUGAUUUAAGAAGGAUCGUAUAUUCGCCUCAGUUAAUGUCCUUUUUAGAAGGUCAGAAGCUUGUUGCAUGUUUUAUUAAAAAAAUUGGUGUCAAAGAGUUCUGGCAAAUAGCAAAAAAAUCAAUUGCUUUACCAUCUACUUCUUUGAUUCACUGUUCUGGAUAUGGCGAAGUAUUUUUUAUAGCGUGGAAAAAUGCUGCUAAGGAUGAUGGGAAUGAUGAAUUUAGAAAAAGUAUUGAAGAGGAUCUACUUAUGGAUGUCGUCUUUUAUGCUAUAAGAAGCGAUAUUUCAAUUUCCAAAAAAUUUCUUGCUGCGAUUUUAACCUUUAAUAAGCAUAUUAACAAGCAGAUUGGUUCUUUGAUUUAUCGAAUAUUUCAACCAAAUUUGUGGCGUAAUUUAAAAGCGGUGAAUCAAAUUAUUCGAUAUAAUGCGUGCUGUUUAUUUCUUCCGUUUUAUCCUAUUCUUCAUGAAGACGAUUUUGAGAAUAAUGAAAUCAUGAUUAAUCAGCAAAAAAUACUUCUUAGCCUUCUUCAUGAUGAAAGUUCAUCUAUUCGAGCUCAGUCAGUAAAACGCUUUUUAUUUAUAUUGAGUACCUACUGGAACACUUUUCCUACUGACUUUAUCAAACAAUCUCUAGCCACGAUUGUCGAUUCUUUAUCUAGUGAUCAAGUUAUUGAUGUCCGUUUGGCAGUUUAUGAGGGAAUGCAUUAUCUUUUAUCAUGUUCGAAUGCUAUAAAUGCUACAGAAGUGGCAUUAAAAUGUCUUAUGAAAAAAAAAGGAAUCAACGAUGACAAUGAUAAAGUCAGAUUACAGGCUUUUAAAUUGUUAAAUGCUUUAAAAAGGCAUCGUUUCAUCAAGGUGUGGGAUGUCGUGGAUAUUGAUGACGUGUUAACAUGUUUAGAAUUGGAAGAAUCGGAAUCUGUCGCUGAGCAAAGAUAUAUUUCAAAUGAUCAAAAUCUAUAUAAUGAAUUGCAAAUAAUGAAUUGA